AUGUUCAAUUCCAAACUACAAGCAAGAGGUGUUACCAUGAAAUGCGAAAUGUAUAGAGCUGCGAUACAAGAUGGCCCAAUAAUCAAUGUCAUUGACACUCCUGGUUUGUUCGAUUCGGUUGUGUCAACAGACUAUAUAAGUAAGGAAAUCGUGAACUGCUUAAGUAUGGCGGAAAAAGGAAUACAUGCUGUGCUCUUUGUUCUAUCAGCGAGGAAUCGGGUUUCACAAGAGGAAGAGUUGACCCUCGAUACAUUGCAACAAAUAUUUGAGAGUAAAAUUUUGGACUAUCUCAUUGUUGUGUUCACUGGCGGUGACGAGUUGGAAGCGGACGAGAAGACAUUGGACGAUUAUUUGCAUGAAGGCUGUCCUGAAUUUUUGACGAGAGUUCUCAGACUCUGUGGUGGACGUAAGGUCCUAUUUAAUAACAGGACUACGGAUAAAUUCAAGAAGGCAGAGCAACUCAAGCAGCUUCUCGCCCAUGUCGCAGAUGUUGGAAGGCAAAAUGGUCAGAAACCAUAUACUGACCAGAUGCACCGUCAGAUAAAGGAGGAGGGUGAUAAGCUCAGGGAACAGCAAAGGAUGGUUGAGUCGAAGAAGCUUGCAGCAGAGGCAGAAACAAUGAAGAAGAAUUUAGAAUUGGAGUAUGACGAAAAGAUGAGACGGAUGGCACAAAUAUUGGAGAGGAGGCUAAAGGAGAAUUCAGAAACACAUGCAAGAGCAAUUCGUGAGCUGAGAGAAGCUUUGCCCAUUAGGCCUCCUCACAAUGUUCCGGUGCGUCAUCCAUUCCCUCUGCAUAUUCCGGUGUUUGAUCCAUUCCCCCAGAUGAGGCCACAAUGCAGCAUUAUGUGA